UAGCCCCCCACUACCUGCAGGGUAUUUGGCCAUGACGGAGGCAGCGGGGCUGGUGCCCAAACGCAUCCUGGUGACGGGUGGCACUGGUUUGGUGGGGAGAGCCAUUGAGAAAGUGGUGGCUGAUGGAGGGGGGCAGCCAGAUGAGGAGUGGAUCUUCGUGUCCUCCAGAGACGCUGACUUGACGAAUGCCGUGGAGACCAAAGCCCUGUUUGAGAAGCACAAACCCACCCAUGUCAUCCACCUGGCUGCCAUGGUCGGGGGCCUUUUCAAAAACAUCCGCUACAACCUGGAUUUUUGGAGGAGAAACAUCCAUAUCAACGACAACGUCCUGCACUCGGCGUAUGAGGCAGGGGUGCAGAAGGUGGUCUCCUGCCUCUCCACCUGCAUCUUCCCGGACAAGACGACGUACCCCAUCGACGAGAGCAUGAUUCACAAUGGGCCACCUCACAGCUCUAACUUCGGCUAUUCCUACGCCAAGAGGAUGAUCGACAUCCAGAAUAGGGGCUACUUCGAGCAGCACGGCUGCCGCUUCACUGCCGUCAUCCCCACCAAUGUCUUCGGGCCACAUGACAACUUUAACAUUGAGGAUGGCCACGUCUUGCCAGGGCUCAUCCAUAAGGUCUACUUGGCCAAACAGACCGGAUCAGCUCUGACCGUCUGGGGCACGGGCAAGCCCAGGAGACAAUUUAUCUACUCCCUGGACCUGGCCCGGCUCUUCCUUUGGGUCCUACGGGAAUACAAUGAGGUGGAGCCCAUCAUUUUGUCAGUGGGAGAAGAAGAUGAAGUCUCCAUCAAGGAGGCAGCGGAGGCGAUCAUGGAGGCCAUGGACUUCAGGGGAGAGCUUGUUUUUGACACCACUAAAGCAGAUGGGCAGUUCAAGAAGACGGCCAGCAAUGCCAAGCUACGGCACUACCUACCCGGCUUCCAGUUCACACCCUUCAGGCAAGCCAUGAAGGAGACCUGUGCCUGGUUCACCGCCAACUAUGCCAAUGCCAGGAAGUGACAGGCCAACGUGGCACCGGGACCGGCGUCACCCGGCACCAUCCUCUUCAUCUCAGGGUUGUCCUUUGCUGGGGCAGAGGACGGGGCUGGGGGGGUGACAAUGACAUUUCCAAAGUAGAAGGGGGCCAGAGCCCAUUGAGCAGCCCCCACAUUCCUGCCUGCUGCUGGAAGCAGUGCAAGAUGCCCAGGGCAAGGUGGGGAAGGUGGUUUGGGGCACCCCAGAGGUGCUGGGACCCCAGAUAGGGUGGUAGCUACCAACUGGGGCCACCACCGCUACCUUGCCCAUAUGCAGAAGGCUGGCAGCUGCUGCUGAGCUGUAAUGGGCUACACUGCUAAUUACCUCUAAUUAGGCUGUAAUAAAGGGAGGGUGAUGAGGGUUUUCCCCAGCGCAGGAAUGGCAGCUCAGCCUUUCCUGUUGCUUUUGGCACGUAGGGUUGGUCCCAAAGCCCCCAGCAAAGCCACCCCUGCCCCAGCAUUGGGAUGGGGUGGGGGGGAGGGGGAAGGUCUAGGAUGGGGAAGGCUCCAGCUGUAAAUAUAGCAUUUAUUAAAAUAUAUGCAAAUAACAUAAAA